UGUAACAUAAAUCUCUUCUGGACUGAGGCCCAUCUCUGUGGUUUGGCAACACAACCCACACAGCAUCUCUUUUCUCAUCUCCUGGGAAAAAAAAAAUUAAAAAGCCAACAAAGAAAAGGAAGCCAGAGAAUAAAGUGAGGACAAGGACCAGAGCAAGCAGGCCUCAGUGGAAGGCGCACCUCUGGCAGAAACCCCGAGAUGCCUUCUGACAAGGAACGCACCAAGAGGAGCCUCACACAGAGGCUGGCCCUGAAAAGCCGUCUAGCCAAGGAAACAAUCUCUGAGUUCCUGGGCACCUUUAUAAUGAUCGUCCUCGGAUGUGGCUCUGUUGCCCAAGCUGUUCUCAGUCGAGGACAUUUUGGUGGAAUUGUCACUAUCAAUGUUGGAUUUGCCAUGGCAGUUGUGAUGGCUAUUUACGUCACUGGAGGUGUCUCUGGAGGCCACAUCAACCCAGCCGUGUCUUUUGCAAUGUGCGUCUUUGGAAGGAUGGAAUGGUUCAAGUUACCAUUUUAUGUGGGAGCCCAGUUUUUAGGAGCCUUUGCGGGGGCCGCAGCUGUCUUUGGUGUUUACUAUGAUGGACUCAUGGCCUUUGCUGAUGGACAAUUGCUCAUCGUGGGAGAAAACGCAACAGCGUUCAUUUUUGCAACAUACCCAGCUCCAUUCAUAUCCCUGCCAAAUGCCUUUGUAGACCAAGUGCUGUCUACCAUGUUCCUCCUUCUGAUUGUCUUCGCCAUUUUUGACUCCAGAAACAUGGGGGUCCCCAGAGGCCUAGAGCCCGUUAUCAUUGGCCUCCUGAUCAUUGGCCUUUCUUGUUCUCUGGGCCUCAACACUGGCUGCGCCAUGAACCCAGCUCGAGACCUGAGCCCCAGGCUCUUCACGGCUCUGGCAGGAUGGGGGUUUGAGGUCUUCACAGUUGGAAAUAACUUCUGGUGGAUUCCUGUUGUGGGCCCUAUGGUUGGUGCUGUCCUUGGAGGCCUCUUCUACAUUCUUUUAAUCCAAAUGCAUCACUCAGACCCCAGCUCAGAAGCGAAGGAAGAGCCAUAUGAGAACAAGCUAGAGAAACAUGAACUCAGCGUCAUCAUGUAGUGGUGUGACCAGGUCUAGAUUUACUAUUCAUUUGGUUCUUUCUUCAGAAAAGAUGGCAUCUGUGUGGUAUGCUUUGGUGAGAAUUGGGGAUGGGGUAGGGGGAGAUCUACCCAGUUUUCUCUAGCCGUUUGGGACAAACCAUCGCAAAGGCAACGAAAAGCUCCACCCUCCCAAGAAUAGCACUGUCUCCUGAAGCGGCUUUCUCUCCUGCCUACUUUAUGGUAUCUCUGAUGGAAGUCCUUCCUCACAGGUGAUUGCUAAAAAUUUGGAAACUUGACCAUGGACUUGGCUGGAUGGCCUCAGAGAUCUUGAGUACCCUGUAUGAAACAGUGUCAUUGAAGGCUCUGUCUUCACAAUCUACAAAUACAAUGUUCUGAAACUCAAAGGCCUAACAGUGGCUGUGCUUAACACCUGCGGAAAUGGGGAGCAAAGAGUUAACACUCCACCAAGCAUAUUCCUGCUGGUAUUCUCCCAACCUAGGGCUAUAGAAAACACCAGAAAGCAGCUGGAAAGAACGCUGUGGCAUUUAGAAACCUCAAGACACAUGAUAAAUUUGGGAAACUGAAUGAUUUUUUUUUAAUGGAAACCAUUUGUCAGAUUAAUCUCUUGCUCUUCUGCAUCUUAGAUGGUCUCAAUUAAUUUCCAAGUCUUUAAGUAUGUAAUAACCUAAAAUAUGAUUGUAACCUUGGUGGUGAAAAAUCCAUCACUUUAUGUUUUUAGCACAAAUGUGUUUUCCUAAUGGCUCAGUCGAGGACAGACCUCUGGAGUAGGCUGUGGCUGCAGUCAUCUGUGUCCCCAGAAGCCCAAACUAAAAGCUAGUGGGAGCUGGCCAAGCAAACUGAAGUUAAAGGUAGAAAAAGUCCCUGGGACAAAAGCAUGAACGACAGGCCUUAUCGCUCACAAACUGCUCAUAGGUGUCAUCACAGCUGAUCCUAACAUCGAUCGUCUGAGGUAAAUAACCACAGCAGCCAUUUUCCAAAUGAAAAUCUCACGUGAGUUAAGCAAGUUGCCCUCUAUUUUGCAGGGUGCCUUAUACCUUCCAGAAGCUUGCUAGCUGACAGAGGGUGUUAGACAUCCCACUCAGGCUUAUGUGAAAGGGGGCAUCAGCGGCAUCCAGAAUGUGUAUGCUCUGUAGAAAUAUUGCUCCCGGAUCUUAGGAUGUGAGAUCUCCAGGUCCUGUGUUGUCUCGUUUUAGUCCCACUUACUGAGCCACCGAUGAAGGAAAGAGGCAGCCAUCUAAAAAUUUUCAUUUGCAGAGAAACACUCUCAGAGGUCUUUCUUCCUUAGCCCCUCUUAAUUUCCUUCCCAGCCAGUCCUCCCCAGCCUCCUGGAGACAGUUUCUAACUAAUGCUGCUUUCAACCAAAAUGAGAAAUGCUCUACAUCAGGGGACACACCUUCAUCGCAACUGUUAAAAGACCAGCAUUCCUAGAGACAACAACUUUCCCAGGCACUUUGCAAGGACAACAGAACAAGACAUGAAUGAGAAAUGUCUCCAACACUCUGUGCUGUGCAGCCUGUGGACAUAUGGACUCAAUUUCUAACUCUGAAAUUACCUACAUAUUUUUUUAGUUUAAAUGCAUUUGGGGGGAUAUUGUGUUUAGGCUUUUUCCCCCCAUUUGAUGGCUACCAAACAUCCUUAGUUCAGAGUUUGUUGAUACUGUCUAGGAUUUUGAUUUCCUGUGAGGAUUUUAGAAAAUAUUAAUGCCCAGUUAGUCCUUUGUAGAUAGCUCGGGUGGUUCAGGCAUGCAUCAAGGACUGGAAACAUGGACUGGAUUGAAUCCUGUGGGUCUAAGUUUUCCUUGAAAGCCAUGUACAGUUGUCAGGAUGGACUUGUUGGUAGUGUUCUCAGUGCCUUUGGUUCCUGGUGGAUUACAGCAUGGUUUGCAGUGCUGGCAAUUUUGCUUUCUCCUUUCCAUACUCAGAACAUCUGGAAACAUCUGGAGACACUGAUGGCUGUCACAACUUGGAAUAGGGGAAAGAGUUAAUGGAUAGAGAUGCUGCCCCAACAAGGCAAUAUCAAACUCAUGUCAGUUAUUGCCAGACUGAGAGACCCUGGAGUUUCAGAAGGUGAGAAGAUAAUCGGGAGACUGAGGCCCUGCACCCUGGAUUCAAGUUCUGUAGGGAGCAGAGAUGUUGAACAAGCCAGAACAGAUCCUUACAGUAGAUUCUAAUUCUUAGAGCAGGAGGCAAUCCAAACUUUGAGGGUUUUUUUUUUUGGGGGGGGGGUAGACUGUGCAAUAGAUGACCCAUGCAGUUGCUCAUUAAUACCACCAGAUGAGCAAUGAUCAAGAAAAUAAAGAGAAAGUGUGUGGUGCUGGAAGUCCACCCUAGGAAGGAUAUCUUAACAGAAAGAAAGCUCCCUUGUUCUAUGCUCAGAUCCACUCCUGUCCCAGAUCUACAGUGAACAUAUUUGCCUCUGUUGGAUUCUUCACCAAGAGAAUGUCUGUGAAGUUACUUGGUCUAUGCCAGCAUCACCAGCAGAGCCAAGACUCUCCUUUGAAAAGAACUCCUUUAGGAAUUAUAGUGGCAACAUUCCUCCCCCUCCCCCCCAUCAGUUGAAAAGUUCCUAGGAGCAUUUAUCUUAAUGUCAAAAAACAGAAUUUUCUGUGAUUUCCCCGAUCAGUUGAGGUCUCAGAGCAUGGUUCUACCCAGCAAAUACCUCAGCAAUUAUUUAGUCGUUGGAUAGGAUAACUGGAGCUAAAAAUAUUUUUUAAUUUAAUACUUAAGACAUAAUUAUAAUUUAAGUUGCACACACGCACGCACA